GAUUUCAAAACACGGAAGUUUAAUAUAAUUAUAUAUAUUGUUACACGUACAAAUAUUCAAAUAUAACUAAGUAUCAGCUAGUCAAAAUUUACUUUCCUUAUUUUGUGUUAAAGAGACUAACGUUUACAAAUUGUAUUACAUAUGUGUUAGGUUUCAUAGAUAUUUCACAACGUAUUAUAAUAAUUGUGUGAUCUUAUUGGAUAUAUUUGGCGCUUACUUCAUUGUUUCUAAUAUUAACACAAUUGAUCUAUUCAUACAUUCGGUGAUAUGAUUUCAAACUGUUUAGAAAUGCAGAUGAGUUGUCAUUAAAUUUAGUGACAAAGACAAUGAGAAAGUAUACAGACUUGAUAUUUACAAAAGUCAAAAUACUACAGUUUCCAAAGAGAAAGAAAAUGAUUUUUAUUGACAGUAUUAUCAAUUCAACUUUUCGUUUUGAUGGCGGACUGUAUUCGGAUUGGGAUUUACCUGAUAUAUCGAACGAUCAAUACACAGAUAAUCAAAAUUACAGUGAACACGACUGGGGUAAUUCUAAGUCAGGUUUUACUACGAAAAAACACUUACUGAGAGAAGAAAGAGAUCCAAAUCUUUUCGAAAGUCGACUUGAUUUUGAUUUUAUCAACACAAAACCUAGUUUAGAGACAAAGUGCUUGACAAAAGGUGAAGAGAAAUUGUGCGAGCAUGAUGCUUCAACAGAAGAGGAAACGAAACUUUAUACCGACAGAAUACUCAAACCUGAUAGGGAUGGAGAUAAUUUAUUAUUUAUUGCAAUCAUUUCUAAUAAAACGCACCUUUCUAUUCUUCUUAUAGAUUUGAUUUCACAUUAUUCAAGGCUUAAAGUGUUUAAUAAAUUGUUUCAGACAGCGCUGCAUUUAGCAGCUUUAACAGAAAAUGCAAAGAUAGCCAGGCGUCUUGUGAUUGCUGGUAUUGAUGUCGAGUUUCGGGACAGGUUCGGUAAUACUGCCUUACACAUUGCUUGUAGACAGGGUUUUACUGACGUGGUAGAAUCAUUGGUUACAGCGGUCACUUAUAAAGAGACACAACUUAAUUCAUACACAAUUCCAUACCAGCCAAUUCCUCAAAAUUUAGAUAUACGAAAUAGUGAAGGACUGACAUGUCUUCACUUAGCAGUCAUCCAUAAAUAUGAAAAGGUUGUUUCACUGCUUUUGUCGAAAGAAGCAAAUGUUGAUGUUAUUGAAAUGAAAGCAGGAAAAACGUGUUUACAUUUUGCAGCAGAAUCAGGAAGUGACAAAAUUGUUGAAAUUAUACUAUCAAGAUCUAGACCAAAACUUAGUGCAAAAACUUUUACUGGUUACACAGCGACGGAUCUAGCUCAUUACCGUGGUCAUGAUCGUGUUGUGUAUCUACUAAGAUGUAAAGGUGCGUCAGCUGCUAGACCCAUUGAAACUAUAGAGACAACAGAAUUAGAAGACGAUAUCAUGGAAUAUAGUACAGUCGACAUUGAUGAUUACGAGGAAGACAACCUUUCCGACAUUGAUUACGAGAGUGAAGAUGAUGACUGUAUAAUUUUAGAAGGAUAAAAUAAAAAAAAUAUUUUCUUUUUUUGUUGUUACAAAACAUGAACACAUCUAGAGUAUUUUUUUGUAUCUGUAAAGUUCUAACUUAGGAGAGAGAAGGCAUUUGUACUGGUAUAAAGUAUUUUUUAUAUAUUUACCGGUACAUUUAACAUUGUAAUAAUUAUCUGUAUUGAAGACAACUGAAGUUAUGUUGAAGAACAUCUUCUAGGAAUAUUACUCAUAAUUCUCAGUGUCAUUUACGGAAACAACAAAUAAGAAGUUCUUCUCGAAAUCGACUACUUGGUUAUGCUAAUGUUUUUAAGUGCUUAAAGUAUAUAUGUCGGUGAACUUUAAAAUCUUUGUACGGUUUGAACUUUUUUGAGGGGGAAACCGGAGUUUUAUAUAAAUACAAUAAGAGAUAUGAAGGACUUUGAUAUUAUACCAGCGAUAAGUGUGAAUAACAUUUUCAUACAGAUACUCUAGGUAUUAUAUCAUUUGCAUGCAAUAUAUCUAUCCUGGUUUACAAAUGAAUUAUAGUUCCGUAAACACAUGGUUGCUUUAAAUUCAUCUACUUGUAAACCUGGUUUUCAUUCAUUAAGGGAAUUUCAGAGAUCUUUCAGAGAUGACAGACACAUCGACUUUUGAAAUAUCGACAACUGCAUUAUUAAAUAUUAAAAAAAAAUAAAAAAGGCCAAGAAAAGUCUACAAAUGGAAAUACACGACAAUAUGCUGAAUUAACCUUAGCAAGAUGAAACAAAAGAAACACAAAAACAUAAACAUGUAUGCGCAGACAUAUUCAUUAUCUUUAUAAACACAAGCAGGUUUUAGCAUUAAACAAAAGUUGGACGGAUAUUUUGUUUGUUCAGAUAUUAAACAGUUAAUGGGUUUACAAUAUCACUAUUAAGGACUAGAAUAUCGGCUACAAAUUAAUGUUUGUGUAAACAAAAUUAGCUUAAUUAUCUUAUCAGAGUUUUGCCAAAAUAUGUCAUACUGUGAUCUUGCAACUAACUAAAUUAUUAUCAUAAUAUAACAUAUCUCAUUUAUCAUUUAAAUUAGAUGUUACAAUAUUCAGGUCAUUGGUAUAGGAUAAAGAAGACAAAAUGUUCAACCGGUAACAGAAAAAAAUGAUCGUAAUCUUGGGAAACCAAUGGUUUAAAAAUAUAACUUUCGUCAUCCUGUUUACAAAGUCUAAAUAAAUAAACAGGUAAUGCAUUAUAGCAACAAAGAGAAACGAUUUGAAGUUAUUUACACAUCUUAAGCAAUAUUCUAAACUUUAAAUAUUGAUGAUAAGAGGUAAACAUUUGAAAAAUAGCAUAAAUGAAUAGGUUAUAAAAACGUUCACGCAUGUAUUAUUAAUAACGCACAUACACGAACGCACGCACACACACGAACAUUCAUAUAAAUAUCAUAAUAAGGUCAGAUUAUUGUUGAGAUAGUCUAUGAAUAUUUUGUCACUUAAAUACAUAUAAAUAUACUUCUACCGUCAGAUAACACGGUCAUUUUAGUUUUUUUUUUACUUGUACAUUCCACUGACUUUCUCAACAAAAAUACAAAUUUGACAGAAGAAGAAAUCAAUACAUUAGCGAUUGUUAAAUCUUUUAUUGUGCAACCAUACAAAUACAUUUUAAUUGAAUAAUUCCACUAAUUAAAAAAAAUCAACUCAUAUACAUGAUAUUAUUUGUUCUUCAAAUGUUAUUUCCGCUUUUCUUUCUUUCUUUUUAUGAAUUCAAUAAAUGAUAUUAAUAUUAAUGUUAUUAAAUACAUGUAUACUGUAUGUGUUAUAAAUGUUAAUCAUUAUGCAAUGUGAUAAAAUGACAUUAUGUAUAUGAUUUGAUUGAUAUGUACAUUAUGUUUUAACCGUAUAUGCAAUUUAUGUCAGGUAUGAUUGGUAUGCCCAGACCCCUUCAGAUCUAUAACGGGACAAAUAAACGAAGUAACCCAGUUGGGACCUGAAAAAAAGGGAGAUAAAGGGGAAAGUUAUUGCUACUAUAGGCAACACCUAGGCAUUAUUUUAUAUUUUUAGUGCAAGUGUUGGUAUACUUUGAGAAAAUGGUCAUUCUUAUCAAAUCAAACUUGGGAAGUUUUAUUAAGUUUUAUAAGUCAACUUAACCAAAAACUUAUGGAAUUGAGAGCAAGACUUUCUUUUAUUUGGAUAAAGUGGUGACUCAUUAAUGCUUGAAUAUUAUCAAGAUUUACAGUUAUAGUUAAAAAUUAGAGGAACUUGUUUAGAUAAGAAACACAAAAAUGAAUUUAAAGCUAAAUAUCCACGUAAGAGCUAGCAGUUGUUUUGUUUACCUCAGACUAUUGUUUGUCUUGAAAAAUGACAAAAAUAUCUUGUCAACGUUAUCACCAGUGGUUGUCAGUUCUCUGAUCACCACCUUUCUGCUUCCGAGUUCCUUCUUUAUUUCAUUUUCCCUUUAUCCAUAAUUAAAUAUUUUUUUCCAAUACUUUUGGUUUCUCUUGUUCAAGUCAUUCUAAGGCAUCUUUCAUUUACUUUUGAAAGUCUGAAAAGAAAUAAAUUUCUGAAUAAUUUCAGUAUGAUUUAUUUUCUCAAAUAUUGACAGCAUUUAUUGUUUUGUCGUUAUUGUAUCAAACGCUUUAGUUUAUUGUAAGUUUUUCAUGUUUAUGUUACCAUUGUGCUCUGUAUUUACUAAAUCUUUACAAUAAUUCUUUGUACAAAAUGUAUAAUAAUUUUCAGUGAGAUUUAUUUUGCAUAUCUUAACCAUUUUAGUCCUUUGAACAAAAGUUGGGAAAUAUACAAUGUAUGACUGUAUUACCAUGCCAAUGGUCUGGAGUCUUUCAUUUUGUACAGGCAAUUGUUUUAAAGUCUUGACAUUCAAUUCUUUUAAUGAAAUUAAAAGCCAUUUUUCUCAGCACUGAUGUUUUACAAUGGUUUAGGUCAAAUCUGUCCGAUAGACAACACAUUUUAAUGUAUCUGGCACAUUUUCCUCAGGUGAAAAGUUUACAUGCGGUGUUCCCCAAGGGACUAUCUUGGGACCCUUAUUAAUGCAUAUUAAUUAUUGCAAACUGCAGUGAAAACAAACUUUGUCUUUAUGCAAUUGAUUCUGCUAUUCUUGUUGCAGAUAGAAAUAGGUCUUUUAUUGAAAAACAAUAUCAAAAACAACAACAACAACAACAACAACAACAAAAAACCAACAACAAAAAACAACAACAACCCCCCCCAAAAAAAAAAAAAAAAAAAAAAAAAAAAAAAACCAGAUGAACUUCUUCUGCCUUUUUAAGUCAUUCAUUGGUUAAUUGAUAAUAAACUUUACCUUCACUUAUGCAAGCAAAACGAGGACAAUGUUAUUUAGUUCUAAACAUUGGUUAAAGUAAAUGUCAGUUGUAAAGGAACUGAUAUACAGCCAACUUCAAAGUCAAAUAUUUAUGUGCUGCACUUCAUCACUCUCUCUGAUGAAUUAAUGUCAAGUUCCGUUAUUAAAAAGGCCAAUGUAAUGCUUAAGUUCCUGUAGAGAAAACAUGAUUAUUAUCUACAUAUUCCACACUUAAAUUUUCUGGUUAUGGCCCUCAUCCAAUGUCAUUUUGGUUAAGCAUGCUGUUUUUGAUUUUCCGUGGUUACUAAAUACUGAAGGGUAAACUCAAGGUCACACAAAUACGUUAAAAGCGUUUGUUCUUAAUCUUGGUCAGAAGUCACUCAUUGAACAUUUUAAAGUUUAAAUUAGCCACCAGCCGAAGAGGAAUAAAUCAAUGUUUUUUUUUAAAUAAAUAAUGGUUUUGCCCCUGAAUACAUGGAAGAAAACUGUAUUUACUUAGAUUAUGUUCAUACUAAAAUGAUAAGAUUUUGGUGAAAAUGGAUAAAGGUCAUAGGUUUUGGGCAAAGAUCAUUUGCAGAUAUUUGCUGUAAAAAAAUACACACACUUUCUUAAUGGGUACUGUAGUUAUCUCUAUUAUUCAUGUCUAUCCUUUUAUUCUAAUUUUGAUUAUUUUGUUAUAUUUAUUAUUCAUUUGAAUAUUUUAUGUACAUGUAUACUAUUGUCUUUCUUCAAUUCAAACUGUGAUAUUCAUCUUCAUGCCUCCCUUUGUCUUAACCAUCAGUAUCUGAGGACAACAAUGGAAAUAAGUGAUUAAAUUCUCUUUAUUGUGUUAUCCUAGGUAUGAUGUCUUUGAUGUGGGUUCAUUUCUCAAACAUGUUAAAUGUUUGUUUUAAUUGUUUUAUCAUGUAUUGAAUAUGUUUUACCAUGUUAUUUCAUAAUACUGAAAUAAAUCUAUCUAUCUAUAAAACUAGAUCAAUUUAUCCAAACAAAAACAUUUCUCUAUACAGAAAUGUAGACAGACACUACAAAAACAACGACAUUCCUUACAAAGUCUCAAAGCUGGAACAUAUUUCUUGUCAUGUGUGGCUGUGUUAAAGAAACAUUGAAAUCAUUUUCAAUGAGAAUGCCAUGUUUGUCUAUUAGAUUUGUAAGUUUAAAUUAAAGAAUAUUUUAACUGUUGAUCGGUGAAUAUCACAUUCAUAUAAUAUAAA